CAGCGGGCCGCAGCAUCAGAACUUCCGUGCUGAUGUGCGCAAAGUGAAAUAGGAGGCUACAUGAUGCGCUCCGCUCCUGCCGCUGGACUUCUUUUAUUAUUAGCUUGGAUUUAUCCAAGUUACGCGCUCUACUUCCACAUAGGAGAGACGGAGAAAAAAUGCUUCAUUGAGGAAAUUCCGGACGAGACCAUGGUUAUCGGAAAGUACAGGACUCAGCUGUGGGACAAACAGACCAGUUCCUUCCUCCCAUCCACCCCUGGCCUUGGGAUGCAUGUGGAGAUCAAGGAUCCAGAUACAAAGAUUAUCCUCUCUCGUCAGUACGGGUCAGACGGACGGUUCACCUUCACCUCCCACACUCCUGGAGAACAUCAGAUCUGUCUGCACUCCAACUCCACCAAGAUGGCUCUGUUUGCAGGUGGAAAACUGAGAGUGCAUCUGGAUAUUCAGGUCGGAGAACAUACCAACAACUAUCCUGAAAUUGCUGCUAAAGACAAACUGACGGAGCUGCAGCUGCGGGUCCGACAGCUUCUGGACCAAGUGGAACAGAUUCAGAAGGAGCAAAACUACCAGAGGUAUCGUGAGGAGCGUUUUCGCAUGACGAGCGAGAGCACCAACCAGCGUGUUCUCUGGUGGUCCAUCGCUCAGACGCUCAUCCUCAUCGUCACUGGGAUUUGGCAGAUGAAGCACCUCAAGAGCUUCUUUGAGGCCAAGAAACUGGUGUAAUGUCUGCCCAAGUUAACAGCAACGUAUCAGGAGACGACAUGAACACAAACAGACAGUCUUGACCGACCAGAACAGGGAGAGACGUCCACCCACAGAGCCUUGGAAGCACCCAGGGGGACACAUGUGGUCUUCAUAUCAGCCACAAAUGGUUCAAGCAAGUUCACAGAAGAGGCAGUUAUCAAUCCUGGGCAAUGUGUUUUUUUUUUCUUGUAAAUGUUUUAAGCUAUUGUUUCUUUUUUCUUUUAGCAACAGCAAAACAGCUCACUCCACGUGUUUCUCGUUGUGUUCAUUAUGUUUUCUUGACAACACUGGAGGUGUUAUUGUUCUACCUUCCUGCAGGAGGAAAAGCAACAUUAGAGAGCCAAGGUUGUUUUUGAUGCUCAUACAGGACUGACUGGCUGCUGCAACAGGUACCUAACAAUGAGAAUGUUACAGCUUUUACGAGUAAUAACCAAGUAAUUUAUUGAAGUUGAAGUUGUUUAGACCUCAGUUUGUCGUUGUUAGCGUCGCACAUAGUUUUAUUUCCAGGUUUUGUGGCUUCUUUCAGCUGUGUUCACCACAUGGUCACAGUUACGCAAACAUUACACAGGCCUUGAUUUCUAACGUUCACAUUUUAUAACACUUUAUUCAAACCCUUGUAUUCAGCAUUUAUGAGCAGCACAUAAACACUCAAUGUGUGGUUUAUAACACCCUGUAAUAUAGAUGUGAGUAUCAUGGAGGACAUUUUGAAUGUUUAUCAAUGUAUUUGUGAACAGAACGUCCCAUGAAGCUUUUGUAACUGGUGAGUAAACAGUUAAUAAUCUUUAAUAACAUAUGAUUUGUGAUAAAGUGUGUUAUAAAAUGUUUAUUGACAACAAUACAACACAGCACAUUAUAGUGUGUUAUAAACCAUGUAUUUAGUGUUUACACACUGCUUACUGCUGAUAAAUGUGAAACGCUGAAUUAAAAGGAAGUGUUACCGUCCAUCCUUCUACCCACUGUAAAACUCUUUCUAGCCAGAGUCCAGUUUCUUGUAUAUUUUAUCAGUUAGGUCUGUAGAUACAGCCUGUGAUACUCAUCUAUGAAUAAUUUUGUUGUUUGUUGUAAAUAACAGGUAUAUCUUCCUGACUGCCCUGUUCAUUUUCUAAUAACUUUUACAUGGAUUGAAUGAACUUCGAGUCUUAUUCGAGUUGUGUCACCAGGUUUUUGUUUGUUUCAUCAGAACUUCUUUAUUGAGCAGUAGCCUGUGUUUUAUUACUGAGCUUUAGCAACUUUUACUUUCAUUUUUCCGAGCUAUUUCCAUUUAUCAGUGCUGGACAGUGUUUUAAUGCGUCUGCAUUAAAUUCAGUUCAUUCAGACUCCUCAUUAGGAAGAACGGAUGAUCAGAAAGGAACAGAGUGAGUCAGUGGGUUUUUUUUUUUUUUUUACGAGCCAAAUUUGGAUUGAAGUUUGAAAACUAAAUUCUUUUUAAAGUUGUUAAAGUAACUCUUUUUACAGUGGUCCAGAUGUCACCUCCCUGUGCUUAAUAAAGAAACU